AUGUCUGCAAAAAACAGCUGGAAAUGGAAUGCGUUUGUGGAAAUAGGAAACACCAUACACAAGAUGACAGCAGUAUUGCGUACAUACAAAUCAAAGUAUGCUCUCAUGAUUGUCAACGGAUUGAUUGAAAACAACUUUAUAUCCAACUUGCCCAUCAACAACCAACAACUCUGCAAGAUCCUUUUUGCCAAUAUCACAGUAUCUGGAUGGAAAUACGGAACCGAUUCAAACUGCUGUCAAUCAAUACUGUCAUUCAACACUACAAGGCUGACAUUGAAAAGUUGUUUGACAUCUCAUUAUCUCCAAAGAAAAACGGAAUCCAGACCAGAUUCGCUUGGAAUGUCAACAACAACUGACUGUUUGUUGCUACAUCAAGACUCGUCAGUACAGACCCACACAAUACAAUUGAUUGUACAGAAUAUUCGUGUUGGUUUAGCAUCUUUUUACGAAUGGCAAACUUCAAAUUAUACCAAAAGGUUGGAUCAAUCCAGAGAUAUGGCCAAGUUAUUGGAUACAAUGGAGGCAGAUAAAGACUGGGCAAUUUUUAGAGCAAGCAACUGUGAUCGAUUUAUUGACCAAGACAAUGUGCCCUUGGUUGAUCCUGCAAACAUCAUCUAUGACGGAUGUGACGAUCUUGCCAUUCGCGUUGUUCGACAAGGAUCGUUACUGCGCAAAGAAGGUGUGUUUAAACGAUCCUAUCGGCCCGUCAAUGCUGUCCUGUCCACUUCUGGAUAUCUUCAUACUCUGCCACCACUUUCAUCAACACCCAUAGGAGCUACGCAUUCUGACACUUCAUCUGCAGGCGGUCCAUUUUCUCCUACUGGCAGCAAACCGGAUUUUUCGGCUGAUUUCAUACUUGAAAUGCCUGAGCUGACGCUUGAUUUGGCAGAAUACACCUUGCUUUCACUUAAUCUUGGCGACAAAGAUCACAAAGACAUUGUUUUUGUUGGGAAAAACUCGGGUAUGUUUGGACGAGAUAUCAAACACAAAUUCAAGGGGAAAACCAUGGUUGAAAGUGCGGAUUGGUGGACUGCAAUCAAUGAACAUAUGAAACAGAUGGGAACACGGACUUUGGUUGGAACACCCACUACACAGCACUCAAAACCAGCUUUUGCUGGUACUGCUCCUUUACCAAAAGAAAGUGCAGAUGGAUCGACUGGACUUUCUCAACGCGCUGCUGCAUCUGUAGCUACUGCGAAUGCUCCGUCAAUGUCUCUUCAAGCUCGAUUGGGAGCCGUUGUAAGUCAUAGCAAAUCCGAUACGAUUCAUGCUACUUCUGGUACACGACCAGUGAGUAUGCCUGCACCACCUCUACCUGGUCGACCCAAAAGUACUAUUGUACCUACAUUGAGACCCAAAUCUGGAUCGCUUAUUGACGAAUCAUUUGAUGAUUUGCCUAGUAGGAGAGAUUCGUUAUCACCUCCGAUUUCUUUUACAACUACUUCAAAUGAUCAAAUUCCUACACCUGCUCAUGUAGCUGAUUUUGCUUCAUUUCCACCUCCCGACACGAGUGACAAGACCGAGGUGGGCAAUGUAUCUGCUUUAUCAUUAAGUGAACAAAUGGAAAUGAAAUUAAGCCAUGCUACAAGUGGUGGUCAUUCUCAUGAUGAUCCUGUUGAACUGGACACGCCAUCACCCAAAGCAAAACUAGCCAGUCUAUCUACCGGAACUAACAAUCCAUGGGACACAUUUCAAGACGAAUCGGGUGGUUGGUAA